GCUAAUGAUAUUUUAAUUAAGCUUGCGAUUUCGUUUGUAAGUUACGCAUGAAAACAAGGAGCGCGCUAUGACCAACAUGCCGAGGCUCGUCGUUGAAGUCUUUGAACAUGUGAACUUUCAUGGACGCAAGGUCACGCUGAUUGGUUCUAUCCCGAACACCGGAGAGAUUGGGGCACAAGAUAUUAUCUCUUCGAUUAAAAUCUACAAGGGACCAGGGUUCAACGCGUCACCCAACUACAAAGCCGUCUUCCACGAGCAUGAGAACUACAAGGGACGCCGGCUGGUGCUUGCUCCAGGAUUCUAUCCAAAUAUUCAUGACAUCCCUUACAACUUCGGGGACGCAAUUACGGCUAUCAGUUUCAGUCCAUCAGCACAUCCAACACCGCCGGAGUAUGGGGCGGUCCCGGUCAUCAUUGAAAUGUUUCGUGACGUAGAUUAUAAUGGACAACGAAGCGUUGUCAUGCGCGAUGUCAGUUCGAUGUUCGACGUUGGCAUGAAUGAUACUGUUUCGUCAAUUCGCAUCCAGCGCGGUCCGAGCUUUCCGUUCAGUGGAUGUCAUGUUAUUUUCUACGAGCACGUUAACUUUGAAGGGCGACGGUUAAACCUAAACCUAAGUUCACAAGAGUUUCAGUUAGCACUUCGGAACCUCAGAUCACUUCCACAUUCGCAAUCAUUUUCAGAUAUUAUUUCUUCCGUAAAAAUUGUGCCGUUAGGGGUAUUUCGCGUGCUGAUUGUUGUUGGCGAUAGUUUGAGUGGUGAGCCGGCAGUAUUGGAGUCUCUCACCUCUGUUGAAGGGUUAAAAUUCCAAUUUACGACCGUGCACAUUAAUGACAAUCCCGAUAAUCGCGGGGACCCCAACAAUGCGAUCAAACUCUCAAGUAUGACGCUUUCAGAGUAUGACAUCAUCUGGUUUACUUGGAACGCAACCGGACACGACGGUGAGUAUUUCGUUGAAGAUGCCGAUCAAGCGAUUCAGGAGUUUGUUCGUAAGGGAGGGAUUGUCUGGGCUUCUGCGAUGGACAAUAACAUCACGCCUCCCGAUGGUGUCCAUACGACUGAGCCUGCGUGGCGUGGCGACUGGCUGCCGGUUAAUCGGCACCCGAUCCGCGUGAUUAAUUCCAACGAUGGAAACGUACGGAUUACCGAUGAUGGUCAGAAAACCGGUAUGUUUACCUGGCCCCAUAAAGUGAAUGUAGAUACUCUCAUAACUGACGAUCAUUGGGUGACAAACGACGCAAGUUACCGAAGGUUGGCUGUUAGAGAGGAUAACGGGGAUCCGAUCGGUGUGCAGUUGCAAUGGGGUGACGGUUAUUACGUCGCUUUUGCAGUUGAUACCCGUGAUGCAUAUCGCACCACUAUAGCGAAACCUCUCAUUGAGAAUGCACUCUGUUACUUGGUGAAUCUCGCGUGGCAGACUUCCCCACGCCAACCGCUCAAGGGGCGAUACCGGACGCACCGCCGUAACGAGACCAUUUUCCGAUAAAACUUUUAGGCGUGUUUUGAAAAUGUGCACGUACCCGCGCCUCCGUGCCAUCAUUCUAUAGGAGAAUUGAAUGCGUUUCAUUGCUGUUAUCGUUUUCUUAAUAGCUGUAGCAGUCACUGUUGGCUGGUUUGCAUAUCAAAACCUCGACGGUUUUGGACAGAACCAAGUCAUACGGUGGUUGACAGUGCUUCUCUUCGUACUAUUGGCGAGUCUGGCUACCUUUGCCACUACAGUCAUUCGCUAUCGUAUACCGAAAGCCGAUAUCGCACUCGUGCGAACAGGUGGUGCAAGAGAGAAAAUCCGUAUCACCGGUGGUCUCUGGGUUAACACCAUCAUCCAUGAAAUCAAAGAGAUCUCUCUGAAUACCAUGCGUAUUGAGGUUGUACGAGAAGGUCCCGAGGCUUUGAUUACGCACGACUUUAACCGCGGUGAUGUCGAAGUUGUUUUCUACCUUAAAGUCGAACCUGAAGAGACUGAUAUUCUACGCGCUGCCCAAGCACUCGGCGAUAAAUCUAUGACCCCAGAAACUGUGCGCGAAUUAAUUGAACCAAAACUCGAGGGUGCAUUGCGAAGUGUGGCAGCCGAAAGUGAUAUUCAGGAUCUCCUCCAGAAACGCCAAGAGUUCGCUGACAAAGUGCAAUCCGUAUGCGGUGAGGAUCUCGGAACCCAAAACGGAUUAACCCUUGAAACCGUAUCGAUUAUUCGGGUAGAUCAGGCCCCCGUUGAAACGCUCGAUGCCGAAAACCGAUUCGACGCAGUCGGUAUCCGUGAAAUCAUCGAAAUCACCGCCGAUCAAGAACGAGAAAAAGAACGGAUAGUACAGGAAAAAGAGGUCGCUAUUGUUCAAAUCGAGGUCGAUGCCCGCAUACAGAAACUUGAAGCUGAACAACAACAGGCAUGGGCAGAAUCUGACCAGCAGAAAAAUAUUUCUAUCUAUGCGGCUGAACGGGAAGCAGAGACCCUUAAAUUCCAAUUUGAGAUGGAACAGGGUGUGCAAGAACGUGAAUACGAAAUGAAGCAGGAGGUUGAGCGCGCACGUAUCAGACAAGAACAGGUCAUCCAAGAACGCGAAAUUGAGAUGAACCGUGACAUCCAAGUCGCUCGGGUCCAACAGGAACAGAUCGUCGCCGAACGCGAAAUAGAGAAAAACCUCAUUGUCGAAACACAACAGAUUGAGCAAUCCAAAGUUGUGCAGCUCGCCGAAAUUGAGCAACAUCUCGUCGUCCAAAUGCAGAGAAUUGCACAGGAACAGGUAAUUGCUGUUCGCGAAAUAGAUAAAGUGUUGACGGUAGAGAAAGCCCGCAUUGCCCAAGAAGAAGGGGUUAUGCUACGGGAUAUUGAGCGUGACUUGACGGUGGACACAUCACGCUUCAGUCAAGAGCAACAGGUUCAACAGCGUGAGAUUGAGAAGAAUCUCGUUGUUGAAACCGCACAGAUUGACCAGAUGCGCCAAGUCGAACUCGCUGAGAUUGCUAAAACAUUAGCAGUAGAGAUAACACAAAUUGCGAGAGAUCAACAGGUUGAGAUCCGCGAUAUUGAAAAACAACUCAUAGUAGAGAAAGCUCGUAUUGCCCAAGAAGAAGGCGUGUCUUUACGAGGCAUCCAACGUGAGUUGGCGGUGCAAACGGAACGCUUCAGUCAAGAACAACAGGUCCAACAGCGUGAAAUCGAGAAGAACCUCGUCGUUGAAACCGCGCAAAUUGACCAGAUGCGCCAAGUCGAACUCGCAGAAGUUGCCAAAACCUUGGCAGUAGAGAUAACACGAAUUGGACAACAGCAACAGAUAGAAACACGAACGAUUGAAAAACAACUCGUUGUGGAAAGAGCCCGUAUUGCCCAAGAAGAAGGCGUGUCUUUACGAGACAUCCAACGUGAGUUGGCGGUGCAAACGGAACGCUUCAGUCAAGAACAACAGGUCCAACAGCGCGAAAUCGAGAAGCACCUCGUCAUCGAAACCGCACAAAUCGACCAAGUACGACAGGUUUCACUCGCCGAGAUUGCUAAAACCUUGAUGGUGGAGCAAACCCGUAUUAAUCAGGAAUUACAGGUUGCCUUAACCGACGAGGAUCGGAAGAUUGAUAUAGCGAAUAAACAGCAGGUAACGGCACUUGCAGAGAAAGAGCAGUUAGUUGCGGAAGCUGAACGUAUGGGCGCGGAAGUGAGUGUGAUGGCAACAGAACAGGUGAAAGAAGCCGAAUGGCAGCGUGAGGUGGCAAUCAUUGGUGCUGAAUCACAAGCACAACCGAUCGAACGUCUUGCCGAUGCUAUCCUUGCCGAGGCGCGUGCGAAAGCACAAGGUGAGAUGGCAGAGUAUGAAGCUCGAAAUGUUGCUGAACAACGCGUCCUCGUGCAAGAGGCAAUCUUAGAGCUCAUUAACGAAGCCCCUGAGAUUGUUGAGCAGCUCAUGAAACCUGUUGAGAAAAUCGACAGCAUCAAGAUCCUGGAUAUGGGGAAUAAUGAUGGACAAGGUGGCCUCAACCGAAGCAAUAUGGGCAGACUCGCGAAUGCAUUGCUUGAUACGGGUGCAAUCUCUCCUAUGCUUAAGGAACUGUUUAACUUUGCGGAUGUAGAUGCCCAACAAAUUACAGACAAAAUUGCUGAAUAUCUGGCUGACCUCGUCAAUCGUCCGAGUUAAUCUCCUUCGUUGUAGGUGGAUACCUUACAACCUGAUUAAGGAAUAUUUUCAUCUAAUCUUCGGAUUGGAGCCCCUGCCUUCAGGGCCCUUUUUGGAAAAACAUGCGACAUCAGCAAUAUCAAACCUCAAAAAGAAAGCCCAAACGCCAGCGGUGUCGAACGUGUCGCUCAGACAAUGGCAAACGGAUCUGUCCAGCACUCAACGGCACGUUAAUUUGUCCGGAAUGCUGUAGAGCCAAACGUGCCAAGAUCCCCGGAUGUGAUGAAAAAUGCCAAUAUUACUCACCACUCAUUGUUUCCAGCAGAGCCCUUAAAGCACCUGAUUUUCCAUUACAUCGGUGCUUAGUCAGUCGUUCUAAGGAUACCGGUAUGUUAAUCGUGGUUGGUACCCGGAAGCGCCCAGAUGGCAACCUGAAGGCGAUGUUUGUACUCCUGGAUCUCUGGAAGAAAGGCAUCCGAGACUGCUUUUUUGACGCAAAACUUUCUGAAAAACAGUUUGAGAAGGUAUCACAAAGGAUUGCGAAGAACUAUGAUCUCAUGGAAUCCACAGAACCGGGCGAUGACGAACUCCAAGAGCUCAUUCGCUUGCCAAAGGACACACUCGUUAUCGAAGCAAAUGCCGCAAUCCAUCUCGAUAAGGGUGUGAAAAUGGUUGAGCAUGAGGAAGCCUCCGGCGGAAAAGCUAUCGACAGUUUGAAAGGUGCGCGGGCAAUACACGAAAUUUAUAUCCCUAAAACAGGGAAGUGGUACCUCUGGGCUCGCGCCUUCUUUGAAUGGAGUAAAGACUCAUAUUGGAUCGGUAUGGAUGAUGCACUCGCAAAACCGUGGGAUAGGGACGGGGGGCCAGGUGCUAUUCGAAUUUGCCCCGAUCCGGAUGAUACUUCUAAGUGGCACCGCUGGUUAUGGAAUACCGGUCCGGACAGUGUUGUAAAUACCAAACAAGGAAUCAAGCCAGCUUUUUUCCAUAUUAAGCGGGCGGGUUACUACCGCCUCUGGUCAAAAGGCAGAGAAGCAGGUUCACGUUUAGACCAGAUUUUGCUUACACGUGCCCGCGGUUUCAACACGCAAACUGAGACUGAAGGGAAACCCCUCCCAAUUAAGCACGCACCGCACCCAUACGAACCCAUCUCCAUUCACGAAUGCCAAAAGCUAAUCCGCCAUGCUGUUCAGAUCGCAACUGCUGUUAACACUGAAAUACCUUGGGAAUUUAAAUACUGGCUUCAGGAUAUAUGGGGAGACAUCACGCAAUUCCCAGAAACAGAAGGUUCGCUCUAUAAAUGCCCGAAAUGUGGAACCGAUCUGCCGCGACAAGCCGUUGACCUCAUGAUACAACAUGCCCAAUCCGAUGAUAUCCAGUUCUACAUUUUAUGCAGGAAAUGCGGAGGGGAGUUUGAUUAAGCCUGUUUUAGUUCUUUGUCACCUCUCUUCGUCCAGGCGAAUAAAAACCCUGGAGAGAUUGACUAUUGGUAUCAUCACUCUGGUCCUCUGUUCUCCGCUAAGCAUCGCUGCACCACCAAAUCCAUAUCUCUAUUUUAAUGAAGAUUCAGCAAGUGGCGAAUUAGUGCCUAAAGCACCUCAAAGCAGAGUAGAAUUUCUCGAGGCUCUUGAAGGAUGCUGCUUCGCCAGAGAACAGGGGGUCUUGCAGUCGGAUGGCAUAGAAUAUGUCCUCGCUUUGAAAAUAGAUUUUGCUGAUAUGCCUGGGCGUAGAGAGGGCGCAGCGUUCGAUAGAUACCUUUUCGCAACGGAAGGCGUUUCCCUCAAAACGUAUUAUCGUGAAAAUUCUUAUGGACAGAUGGAUAUCCAGCCCGGUCCGAUGGGCGGAGUUAUCCCAAAAGGCAAUACAUGGAUUCGUGCCAAAAAACCGAUGACCUACUACGGUGAAGGCGACAGAAUCCUUGAACGCUACCGAGAAUUGGUCCGUGAAGCGUGCGAAGCCAUAGAUGCAACCGUAGACUUUUCGCAAUAUGACAG